AUGGCUGACAAACUGCAGUCUAGAUUCACCGAUGUCCACAGAUUAGGCGACGGUUGCUUUGGUGAGGUGUACCGGGGACAGUACAGAUCCUCACCCGGGAAAAACUGUGCUCUGAAGGUAUUCCCUCGAAGUGAACAGAUGGCCAGUGAUGAGAUAAUAGCAAUGUGUAGGCUACCAGAUCAUCGUAAUAUCAUCCGCUACUAUCACCACUUUGUGCUGAAUCUUGAUCAACUCUGCCUCGUCAUGGAGUACUGCAGUGAGGGGAAUCUGAAUGACUUUCUGUUGGAACAUCCCCCAAUAUUUAGUCAGGAGCUACGCUUCAUGAAAGACAUUGCCUUGGCUGUAGCCUACCUGCAUGACCAUGGCAUCGUGCAUCGUGACCUGAAACCAAGCAAUAUUUUGCUCGCUUCCGAUGGAACAUUGAAGGUUGGCGAUUAUGGCCUGGCCAAAAUCGCCGCAACUUUUGAACGUCACGGUGGAUGUCUGUAUCACUACUAG